AUGGAGGAAGAUUACAAAUUUAUUGAAGCAGAAAUAAAGGAAAGAGUUACUGGUGAUUCAGAGGAAAGAGUAGGAAUUAACUUUGAAUUAGUUCAAGAAUUCAUUGACAAUCCAAAUGAUGAAUAUUUAUUAUUAAUUUUAAAUUCAUUUUCAAAAGAAGAAGAUUUCGAGAUUUUACUGAGUAACUUAUUUGACAAAAUAUUAGAUUUAAUUAUUGCGAAUAAUGAAACACUUAAUAAUCUCAAUUUAUGGUGCCUUAUUUCAAAAUUACUAAAUUACAAAGAAAUUUGCGAGAAUUUGAACCAUGAGCUAUUUUCUAUAGCAAUUGAAAAAAACAGAAACUCAUAUUACAUUGCAGAUUGCAUUGAAAAUUAUAUUUUUAAUUCUGAAGAUAUGGGAAUAUAUUCAUAA